AUGUCUGCGGCGCCAGUCAGUGAAAAAAAAGAGUUUCCUCCACAUCGAGAAAUAGCCCAUGUUCGCCAGGAUUUGGUGGUUACAAAAGAGAUUUUGGGGAUUGUAAAGGAUGAAAAUGACCGCCUACGUUCUCUAGUCGAUGAUCAGACUAGGGAAGUGUCACGACUGGAGAAGGAUUUAGAAGAAACAAGACGCGUACUUUUGUCACAGAUACACGUACUUGAGGCAGAGAUCGCCCGCCUUAAGACAAGUCGUUUUUCUCUUGAAGAAGAACUGUCUGAGGCUUUGUCAGAGCGCAAGCAUCUUUCUGGUCUCCUUCACAGUGUAAAAGGACAGGUAGAUGGUAGAUUGACCAAACUCAUUGAAGAGCUUCAACAGAGAGAUGAAACAAUUCACAAACUAGAGUAUCAGAGCAGGGAAAGUGAGCGCGAGAUUGAGCGCCUGAAUCGUAUAGUAAAGGCGGAUGACGUCAUGGAACUUGAAUUAGAGAAGGUACAGAGUAACUAUGCCAAGGCCUCGGCCGAAGUUGUUCUUCUUCAGGAGCAGAUAAACCAGUAUCAGUUGGAGUUAUCGUCAGCACGUGAGAAGACUCAACAGUUGUCCGAAAAUAGCACUGAUACUUCACAGAUUAGUCGAUUACGCGAAGUUACCUCACUUUUGCCUUUGUAUCGACAGUGGUUGUUUGAGGUUGAUGUUUCACUGAGGGAGAUUGAAGAUCAGUUAGAAGUUUCAUUAGAUGACAGCAUCGAUUCACUUGCUUACGUGACAUCGCCUGGAAUUCCUUAUAAGCCUCCAUCCAUUGAGAGACAACGAUUAGUGGAAAUGAAGAAAUUCGAGCGAGGUCGUAAAAGAAGUGAUCCAGCCGCAUAUUACGACGUUUGUGAAUCGUACGAAGAGUCUCUUGCGCUGUAUGUGCGUACAAUUCGAGAUGCUUGGGAUUCUGCAAGACAUCUGCUGGAAAAGGUAAAGGUUUUGUCAAGGCAGCUUUCAGAAACUACUAAAUCUGUUGUACAGGUAUCAGGGGAUUUGCAUGUAAAAACAAUGCCUGGUGCUCACUCAGAAGUAGUAAAGAGUGGUAAGAGUGUCUUGGGUGAGAGCGAGCAACCAGGUGUUGUCGGUUUUUUUAAGAAUAGCUUGCAGUUACAGCAUCAGUACUCGGAUGAUGACGAGCGCAAAAAGAAUGAUGAAAUUGUAAAUUUGAAAACAAUAGUUUCGAUGCUAGAAAGUGAGAAGGAUUUACUGGGUAAAGAACUUUCAAAAGCUAGACAGGAUGCAGCGUCUGCUUCAGUUAGUUAUGCUGACAAGGCAAGAGAAUUGGAAUGCAAAUUACGGGAUGCCGUGAAGUCGUCUGAAGAGUUGUCAGCCAAAACGUUGAAUGCACUACAAUUGGAGCAUGAACGAGAGAAGAGCGAUAUCAUGGCGGUGAAUUCGAAGUUGCAAGGUGCACUUGAAAUAGAAAGUGGCAAGGCAGAAAGUAUGAAAAAGUUGCUUGUCGAGAGUAAAAGGCGUCGGUUUGCUUUGAAGGAAGAGAAUCAUUCUAUUCGAAAGAAUCUACGGGAGAUGGAAGGCCUCCUCAGCACAGCACGAGUAGAGUUGCUGAAUGCAAGAAGGACAAUAGACUUGCUACAUGCUGAACUACAGUUUGCCAAGAGCCAUGAAGAGAACUCAGUUCGUUCUACUACUUCCAACGCCUUUAGCACCUUUAAAAGGGAAAUUCAGAGGAACUCCACGGAAUCGAAAACUGUAUUCUUACCUAGACCAUUGUAA